AUGCCACCGAUUGUAGAUUCAGUAAAUAAAAGUCCAAAUAACCGCUACGAUCCCAUCUACACCUCUAUUGUAAUAGAUAAAGUAAAGAAAUUAGGAGGAUUACUUAAAAGGAAUCUUGAACCAACUGUUAAACCGAGAGCCAUUACACCAGCCAAUUUUCAAAGGCUAGAUCCUCAUAACACAUUCCCCGGCGCUUUUCCGAUACUUACACCAAAUCAAAAGCAAAUUCUUGUUAAAUAUUUAAAUCAUUGGAAAAGUCGAAAGAGCAUGCAAAAUAAUAGGGAGAAAUUGGCAGAAGAAAAGUUUAAUUUGUAUCUGAAGCGACGUUCAAUUUAUGUGUGGUACGGUAGAUUAAAAGAGAAACAACUUCAAAAGAGAUGGAACAGAAAAAGAAAAAAUUUAGCAAAUAUACCUGAAGAUUUUCAGCCUCAAAGUAUAUUAAAAAAAUCAGUUAAGCCAAAUAGUCCGAAAUUUCAUCGCAAAGUGUUUAGAAUUGAUCAAAAUCAAAAUGUCAAAACGCAUUCUUAUCCUCACGAAAAUGAUAAUCCAAUAGGAUAUAUUGAAAUCAUUGGAGACAAAAAUUACGUGUAUAAUGAAGAAGCUCGCAAAGAAGUAAAAAAAGUUUUGGGAAUUGGGAAUUUCUAUGAAGAAAAAUAUCUAUACAAAGCAAGGACAACAAGGGUUUGGAAAAUGGCACUUGAACAGUAUAGAGAAGGAAAAUACGCAGACCAAAAAAUUUUGAAAAAACUAAUGUGA